AUGAAGUCCCUUAAGGCUGAAGUCCAUGGUUUGAAGCGCAGCAUUUCUGAACUGACUGAGCAACAGAGAGAGCUUUUUCGUAUGGUUAAGUCUUUGAAGAAGACCAGUGAAGCCAGUCACUUUGACAUGGGUAAAUGCUGUCACACUGUAUGCAUAAAAAGUAAAGCACAUGUAUUUCAACAAAUUAGUGAAGUCCUUGUGACUAGGUAGCAAUAUUAUUAUACAAUCUGUUUUUGACAGGAAUACUGGCACAGUUUUACUGCACGAAUGGUUGCUAUCCAAUAGCCACUGAUGAUAAAAAGGUAUUCAAAGAAUAACUUUUUGUUUCACAAUUAGAAAUACUUAAUACUCAAGAACAAUUAUUAAAUUAAUAUACAUUACUAACAUCAAUCAUAGAUCAUUUGUCCUCGGAAAAUUGAAUACCACUUUCCCUUUACUUAGCCUCCACACCCCUAUAUAUGAUAAACACCCACCCUCUACUUAGUCCCUUGUCAGUGCUGACUAUAUCUAAAUUAACAAUGAAUAAUAGAUGAUAUACUUUAAUAUAUUGAUAUUAUUUAAUCUGAGUUUAUUAUCUAUCCAGUUAGUAUUUACAUCCCCCUCCCUCUAAUAAGUCAUCAAAGGUCUGAAUAGGGAACUAUGGUAUUCAAUUGCAUCUAAAAUGUUAUUAAAUUAAUCUUAGAAAUUGCUCGAGGAAGAAUUCCUGGACUCAGCUUCAGGCUUGACCGUAGAAGAGCUUGUGCUGUGUGUCACCAAAUAUGCAGUGAGCAAAUAUUCAUAUUGGAGGAGCACAGAAGAGUAAGCUUUCAGAACUUUGUUAUACCUUUAAGCAUCAGGCCCCAUUACACCAUCACGCCCCACAAGUCACAAGUCUGUUCACUUUCUUGCCAGGUUCUUGGAAUUAAUGGCUACGAGCACUUGGUCAAGGCAUCUUCCAAUAUUCUGGCCAAGUAAGUCCUUCAGUUGUUGGGCCAAAAACACAAUGCUGUGGCAACAUCUACAAUAAAAAAUACAUCAUCCUGAUAGUAAGUGUACUACAUUACCAUAUAAUAUUGUAACAAUCAGUUAAUCCUGACAGAACUUAUAUCCUCUUUCCUCCCACAAACAUGUACUGUAUAAAGCCUAUCUACAUGGCACAAUUUUUCCUAUACAAUUCUGACCCUGGUGUAUGUGAUCGAAUAAAUGUGGAAUCCGCACUAGUUGUCAUAUGUCAGAAUAACAAUUGUAUACCAUGAAUCGGAUCAUGUAGUUAGGCCUAUACAAUGUAUGUAAAAUUCUUAUAAUAUUAUUCACUAAAUAUAGCGAAAGUUUGUGAGAGAGGUAUCGGAGGAAGAAGCCAAGCAGCUAAAGGACUUCUGGGGGGCUUUCUACAACUGGAAGAAUGA